UCCUCGCUGACCCGGUGCUCGGUGAGCAGCUGCGGGCAGGCCGAGUCCACGUCCCGGCAGAAUGUCCCUGGCUGCUUAUUGUGUCAUCUGUUGUAGAAGAAUAGGAACCUCAGCUCCUCCUCCAAAAAGCAACACAUAUUGGAAAGACAUCAGAAACAUAAUAAAGGUUACAGGAUCACUUAUUUUAGGAGGUUCAUUAUUUCUUACAUAUGAAGUUCUGGCCCUGAAGAAGUCUUUGACAUUAGAUACUCAAGGGGUAGAAAGAGAAAAAAUGAAGUCAUACAUAUAUGUGCACACAGAUUCGUUAGAUAAAAGAGAAAGUUAUGGACUCACAUACCAGGCAAGAAAAGAGCUUCACAAAACAGUAAGAAAAGUAUUGGUAACCUCAGCCAAGAUCUUACGGGGUCCGUUUGCUGACACUUUUAGUACAGUUGACAUAGAAGACCAUGAGUGUGCCUCAUGGCUGCUCCUGAGGAAGAGUAAGUCAGACGACAGGACGGUCCGCCUGCAGGCUGUGCAGGACAUGUCGGAGGCCCACCACUGGCACGAUUACCAGUAUAGGACAAUUGCACAAGCCUGUGACCUGAGGACUCGUGUUGGUUUGGCACGAAGCCAACAGAGUGAUCUUCGUUUUUUUCUCCCUCCACCCCCUUUACCAGCUUUAAAAGAAGACUCGUCCAUUGAAGAAGAGCUCAGGUACCUGCUGGCUUCUUUACCUCUAACAGAGCUGGAUGAGUGUGUCCAGUACUUUACAUCUUUGGCUCUGAGUGAAAGCAGUCAGUGUCUAGCAGCUCAGAAGGGUGGCUUAUGGUGUUUUGGAGGAAAUGGACUUCCUUAUGCUGAGAGCUUUGGAGAAGUUCCUUCAGCCACAGUGGAAAUGUUCUGUUUAGAAGCUUUAGUAAAACAUUCUGAGAUAUCCACACAUUGUGAUAAAAUUGAAGCAAAUGGAGGCUUGCAACUACUUCAGAGGCUGUACCAACUUCACAAGGACUGCCCUAAGGUACAGAGAAAUAUAAUGCGAAUCAUUGGAAAUAUGGCUUUGAAUGAGCAUCUUCACUCAACUAUAGUUCGCUCAGGCUGGGUUUCCUUACUGGCAGAAGCACUGAAGUCUCCCCACAUCAUGGAGGCCUCACAUGCCGCCAGAACCCUGGCUAAUCUGGACCGAGAGACGGUGCAGGAAAAGUACCAGGAUGGUGUGUAUGUGCUUCACCCCCAGUGUCGCACAAGUCAGCCCCUUAAAGCAGAUGUCCUUUUUAUUCAUGGCCUUUUGGGAGCAGCAUUCAAAACGUGGCGCCAGCAGGACUAUGACCAGGCUCCAGCUGAAAAGGCUUCAGGGGAUGGAACCAGGUACACAACAUGCUGGCCCAAGACGUGGUUAGCAGGAGACUGUCCCGCUCUCCGGAUUAUAUCUGUGGAGUACGACACUAGCCUUAGCGACUGGAGAGCGAGGUGCCCCACAGAAAGAAAGUCCAUUGCAUUCAGGAGCAACGAACUUCUUCAGAAGCUCCGAGCUGCUGGUGUUGGGGACAGGCCAAUGAUUUGGGUGUCACACAGCAUGGGAGGUCUUCUUGUAAAAAAGAUGCUGUUGGAAGCCUCGCAGAAGCCAGAAAUGAGUACUGUGAUAAACAACACCAGAGGGAUAAUCUUCUACAGUGUGCCCCAUCACGGCUCCCAUCUGGCGGACUACUCUGUCAACGUGCGCUACCUGCUGUUCCCCUCUUUGGAAGUCAAAGAACUCAGCAAGGAUUCUCCUGCACUUAAGGUCCUACAGGAUGACUUUCUGAAGUUUGCCAAAGACAGAAACUUCCAGGUGCUGAAUUUUGUGGAAACACAACCAACCUCCAUUGGUAGCAUGAUCAAACUGCACGUGGUGCCCGUGGAAUCAGCAGAUUUAGGCAUUGGAGACCUAAUUCCUGUGGAUGUCGACCACUUGAACAUUUGUAAGCCAAAGGAAAAGGGUGCUUUUUUGUACCAACGUACCUUACAAUUCAUCCGUGAAGCUUUAGCCAGAGACCUUGAAAACUGACCACUAUCUUCCAUUUUUCAUGUGAACGCAGUGCAAGAAAUUUGAUGUUCUUUGUGUGAGCAGUCGUGCAGCAGUCGCUAUGGUGUCAGCGUGGUGUGGAGCAUGUUGCCGGCAACAGAAUACCCUGUAGGCACAGAGAGGUGGCAGUCGGAACGACGGGCUAGACGGGGCUCUUUUGAUUUCAAGGAAUUCCACGCGUGCCAGUGUAUGUUUUGCAGUGUUGUCCCUGGUGAGCAAGCUGCUAUGGGUAGAGAAUGCCUUUUGUCACCUGUGACUGUCUAUGGCUUAUGCUGGAGGAACACUGAUGGCUUCUGAAGGGAUAGCAAAUCGCCAGCUUACCAUAGCAGUGCCCUUGGGAGAGUGCCUAGAAUGGACAGGAGAGUGACCUAGAACAUAAAAGGUUCUGUUUUUGUUUUGGGUUUCCAUGUGCUGUAAAUUUUUACUGACAUGUAAGUAUAAACCUUUGUCUAACAUGAAUUUUGUUAGACCUGUUGUCAUCCAUGGGUCAGUUCCUUGUAAGUUUUUAUUUUCAUAUGGCCGAGAACAAAUAUUUCUCUUUUUAAAAAAAAUCUAGCUUGUAGUAAUUCUUUCCAGACGUUAGCUACCUAUACUUGGAAUUUUUCCCAGAUAAAGUAGCUAAUCCAUUAUUGACCAGUGUGAAUAAAACUAUUCUGAGCCAUUAUAUAGAUUAGCAAUACUUAGUAUCAGUAUUCUCAGAUUCUCUUUAGGCUAAAAAAAAUAUACCUUUCUCUCUGCUCAUCUGACCUCCAGCAUGUGAAAAAUGGGAAAUCAUUUUGACUUUUUCUAAAUAAUAGCAUUAUUGAGGUAUAAUUCCCAUUUCAUAAAAUUCACCCUUUUAAAUCGAGUUUGUUGAUUUUUAGUAUACUUAAGAGUUGUGCAAUCACCCCCACUCAUUUCAGAACAUUUUCUCAUCCCCCCAAAUUACCCCAUGACCAUGAGCAGUCACUCCUUACUUUUUCUACCCCAGCCCUGGCAAACACUAUCUACUUGGUCUCUAUGGAUUUGCCUGUUUUUAAUUUUUCAUAUAAAUGGAUUCAUACAGUA